AUGAGGACAACGCUGUUCAUCGCGUUGCUCGCAGCUACCGCGAAUGCGGGCCUCUUCGAGCGCGACUCGGCCUCGGACGCAUCCUCUCACGGCGCCGCCGCAACCCACCACAUCAAAGCAGGCAUCGAGGACCUGAAGGACGAGGCACUCGAGAAGUGGUCCGAGUCCGACCUCCGCUUCUGGCUCGUCGAGCAGGGCAUCCUCUCCCCGCAGAGCACGCGCGAGGAGCUCCUCGCCCUGGCCAAGAACAAGGCCUCGCGUCUGUCCAGCGCCAUGUUUGGCGGCCCGACCGACACGCUCAAGGCUGACGUGCGCCACGCUGCGUCUGAGGCCGAGGCGUCCGCGUCCAGCUUUGAAAAGUGGGCCAAGCCCUCUGCCGAAUCGCUCGCCAGCGAGGCGUCCAAGUCGGCCUCGAGCUUUGAGAAGUGGGCCAAGCCGACCGCUGAGUCGCUCGCUCGUGAGGCGAAGAAGGAGGCCAAGACGCUCGCGGCCGAGGCCGAGGCGAGCGCGAAGAGCUUUGAGAAGUGGGCCAAGCCCUCUGCCGAGUCGCUCGCUAGCGAGGCGUCGGCCUCGCUCUCGUCGUUUGACAAGUGGGCCCGCCCCUCUGCCGAGUCGGUCGCGUCCAACGUUGCUGCUUCUGUUCACUCUGCCGGCUCCCAGGCCGCCUACUGGGCUCAGCGCAAGUACGACGACGCCAAGGACUACGUGUUCAGCUCGUGGGACGACGACGACCUCAAGUCGUGGCUUUCCGCGCACAAGAUCAACCCGAACCCACCCCCCAAGGACCGCCACGGACUGCUCGCCGCCGUCAAGGAGGCUUACACCAAGGCCGUUGGCCCGAUCUACAACGCCUGGUCGGACAGCAACCUGCACGACUGGCUUGUGUCGCACGGCAUCAUCCCGCCGCCGGAGACGAAGCGCGACCAGCUGCUCAAGUCGAUGAAGACGUACUACUACGACGCCAAGGACAAGGUCUACUCUGACUGGACGGACUCUGACCUGCGCAAGUGGCUGAUCAACGAGGGCGUUCUGUCUCCCGAGUCGCCCGAGCUCAAGCGCGACAAGUACCUGAAGCUUAUGGACGAGCACUACAACGAUGCGAAAAGCACGAUCUGGGGCGCCUGGAGCGACAACUCGAUGCGCCAGUGGCUCGUCGACAACGGCUUCAUCCAGGACAACUGGAAGCCGAAGAACCGCCAGGAGCUCCAGACGAAGAUGCAGGACCACUACCACUACAAGAAGCACGAGUACCUGUCCUGGCCAGACGCCCGUCUCCGCGCCACGCUCCGCUCGCACGGCGUCGACGACAGCAAGCUGCUCGGCCGCCCCGAGCUGCUCCAGGAGAUGCGCACCCGCCACAUCGAGCACAAGAACGCCUUCCAGAAGCUCUGGGGCAAUAUCGAGGCCGCGCUCCAUCACGCCUACUCCAUCGCCGACACGGCCACGGGAGGCAUGCUUAGCGUGCUCUUCAGCUCCAAGCUCUCCCCCGAGCAGAAGUUUGAGCACGGCAUGUCGUCUGUUUCGUCCGUCCUGAACAAGGCUGUCCAGUCUGGUUCUUCCGCCGCGUACUCCAUGUCUCGCUCGGCUGACAGUGCCUGGUCCCAGGCGUCUGUUUCUGCUUCUCGCUCCGCCGAGUCCGUCGCCGCGCACGCCGAGGCCAGCGCCCACUCCGUCUCCAAGUCGCUCGAGCACGAGUGGCACAAGGCCUCCGCCCGCGCCGAGGCGCACAAGGACGAGGCGUCGCUUACCUCUGCCGCUAGCGCUGCGUCCAAGUCUUGGUCCUCGCACUGGUCCUCGGCCUCGCACGCCGCCUCCGUCUCGUCCCUGAGUGCCAAGCAGGCCGCACACUCCGUCGCCUCCGAGGCGAGCUACAAGGCUCACUCGGCGUACACCAUUGCGUCGCGCAGCGCCUCGUCCGCCGCCAGCGUCGCCUCGCACACCGCCUCGCUCCACCGCAAGUCCCUCAGCUCCAUCUACUCUGUCGCCUCGAAGAGUGCCUCGUCCCUCGCCUCGGCUGCUUCCAAGUCUGCCUCGUCGCUGUCUAGGUCGCACGAGCACGCCAAGGUCACUGACAAGGUCAAGAAUGCGGCUGAGAAGCUUAAGAAUGAGCUCUAA